AUGUAUUAAAAUACACCUACAACUCCCACUAAAAUCCCAUAAUCCCAAUAUUCAUACAAUCUAAAUUAAUCACCCUACUAUUACCAUCAUUAUGCAACAUAUGGAUUCUGUAAUACUAUUCCUUAUUCCACUUAGAAACUCAAAAUUAGUUGUACCUUAAUCAUAAUUCAAGAACACAAGUCCCAGAACAAUAACAAAACUCAAAUUUCAAAAAUGAUUAAUUUGAUUCUCCAGCCACCCUUAUAAAAGCUAACAUUAUCAAUAAUCGAACUAUGAUAUUUUCUAAUUACCUAUAACUAGAUUAUGCUCUUUUUUUUGAAGAAUAUUUAAAAAUCAUUAAUAAUCAUCAAGAUUACCUUAAAAAACUGUGUUCUCUCAGAUAAGAUAUACCAAACAUUCAACUUACAUUAACUAAACUAUAAUAACUCAAAGUAGAAAUUUUAUCUUAACAACAUACACAAAAUAAAUCAAUCUAUGAGAAUUUUAUCAUAUCUAAGAAAUAACAAAUGAUUUUUUAAUCCAUUUCACUUCAAAAAAACAUUGAAGGAUUGCUACAUCUAUAAGAAUUACCUUCUAAUCCAUAUUUUUAAAACUUAAAUUAUUAAGAUUAAAAUAACUAAUGUUAAUUUGAUGAUUAAAUUUAGAUUUUAACAAUAGAAUUAAAUUAAAAUGAAGAAUUAGCUGCCAGCAUGUUGACAUCAAUUAAACAUAAUUAAGCUUAAUUUGAUUUUUUGAAGGAUUAAAAAAUCACUAAAAUGUAAGAAGAAUUAUGGGACAAAGAAAAAAAUAGCAUUUUAGAGUUCUUAAAAAAUAAAUUAUCCUAAUCUAUUCUAAAUUUAAUUAAAGCUCAUCAUUCAGAGAUGUCAAAAAUAUAAUAAGAGGAAAUUCAUCCUAUAAUUCAUUCAAAACUUGGAAUAGUUUACAUAUAUGAGAUACUUUCAAUUAUUGAAGGAUAAAUUCUUUCAAUAAAUUUAAUUAAAUAAUAAAUCCAUAAUUUUGAAUAGUAAAUCAUAUAAUUAAAAGUAAAUUAUCAUGAAUUUGAAGAAUUUUAUAAAAAAAUCACACCUCUUUAUGACAAUAUCGUUGAUUUGUCCAAAAAAGUUAAAUAAAUCAAUCUCACUGAAAUUUAACCAUUACUGCAAUAAUAUUAAUUAAAAUAACGAAAAAAUUGUUCAAAAAAAAUAGAAAAAUUAGAAAAAGAAAUUAAAUAACUAUUCUAUUAAGGUUAACUUAUUGAAAAAUUUAAUCUAAAAGAGAAGCUUAAGCAAAUAGAGUCUUUUCAUUUCGAAGAUCAAAUUCAAAGCAUUGAAAAUCAUAUUCAAGAAUUAGAGAAUAAUUAUACAAGUUUAUAAUUUUCAGUCCCUUAUAGCAAAAUUAAAUAGAUGUCUUAAAUGAUUAAUAAGUAAGAUUAUUCUUAUGUUUAAGGUUUGAAGAAGAUUAUUAUAAUGCAAAUAAGAUAUUUUUGGAAAUUAAAAGAUUGCUCAAAAAUGUAACAUUUGUAGGAUACAUUUCAUAAUUAAAUGAAACAUUAAAUAGCAAAUAUAAAUUAGAAUUGUAAAGAGUAUCAUUGAAGAAGGGUAACAUAAUGAGUUUCAAAUUUUGCAAUUAAGAUAUACUAAAUAAAAUUACUCCAGUAUUAAAUUUUUAGUUUCCUUAUUUUGAUUGGAGUGAAUAAUUAGACUUAGAGAAAUAUCGGAUAUGUAUUAUUUAAGAAAGAUAUAUUUUGGUUAGGGAAACUGUAAUUGAAUUGAGUUAGAUUAAAUAAUUAUGUAACGAGAUGAAAAUUAUAAAAUAAUUGCAUACUUUAGACAAUGAAUUAGAGAAAAGUUUAACAAUAAUCGAAAAAUAUCUGGAAAUAAAGGAAAAGUUAGUAAACGAAAGGAUUGACUUAAUUGUUUGGCCAAACUAAUAAUUUGAAUUAAUAAAUCAAACUAGUUAAUUUUGUAAAAAUUUAUAAAUAUAGAUAAAUGAAAGAGUAAUUGCAAUUUAAUAAUUAAAUUAAACAUAGUUGCUUCAAAAAUUAGAAUAAAUUUUCACUAAUUUUAAUUAAUAAAAUCAAGUAUAACUAUUAAUAUUAUAUAAUGAACUUAAGAAUUAAGAAUUUUCAUAGAUAAUAAAACCUUAAAUUGAGAUAGUUCAUUAAUUUUUAAAUAUUUGUUCACAACAUUUUGAUGAUGAAAUAGACAAAAAAUUUUGUUAAACAAAGACUUAUUAAGAACUUGAGGAUGAAUUGGGAGGAAUCACUAAGUUUAAAGAAUUGUAAAAACAAAAUAAUGAAGAAAAUAAAAAUUUACAAGAAUUAAGAAAUUGGCUAUUUGAUAAAAUAAGUGUUUUCAUGAAACAAAAGCUUUAGAGUGACUUUUCGAAUUUGUUCUAAUUAAAAGUAAUAUAAAGUUAAGGUGGAACCAAUAAUUAUGAUCCAUAUAAACUAUAAUUAAGAACAGACUUACUCUAUCCAAUAUAUAGGUCAGAUAUCAAUGAAAAUUAUUAUUGCGUUUAAGAGAAAGCGAAGAUUGAAAACAUAAUUGAUUAACCAGAAUUACGAUAAUUAUUUUAAGAAUUCCGUUCUUUCUUAAAUCAAUGCACAAUAAUUAUGUAGAAUAACAAUAACGAUAAUAUAAAUGAUUAAGACCUUAUUUUAUAACUAAUUGAAAGUUUUGAAAAAUAAUUAACUCUUAAAAUCCAUAUAACAGAUCUUCAGUCGAUGAAAUAUUUUCAUUAAAAUCUAAAAAAAUGGCCAGAAGUAAAAUAAUUUGAAUAAUAAUUAUUACCAUUGGGAAUAGUUUUGAAAGAGGAAUACUCAAGAUACUUAGAUGCAUGUAGAUAAAGAGUAAUGUCAUUUGUUUAGGGAAUAAGCAUAAUCGUAAAUUCAGAUUAAGAAAAUUUAAUAUAAGAUAUGAUCAAAUUCGAUUUUAAUAGUAAAAUAUGUUGUCUUCAUGAAUUAUCUCAAAAUUAUAUCUAUAAAGAUAUUUUUUCAAUUGUCUUAGAAUCCUUGAAAGGAAAUUUAAAAUUACUUAGCAAUCAUAUUGUUUUUAUUAAUGGAAAACAAUUGUUAUGCAAUGAUAAAAUUUUAUUGUGA